GGGUUCUCAUUCGCGUGACGGUGCGAUAAGCGCGUCUUCGUGUGCCACAGGAAGCGGACAGCAGGCGCUUGUGCGCUCACGAGAGGCGACGAAACUCUUGAAUACACCCUUUUUUCUUCUUCUUCUUUUAUUUGUGUUUUUUAUUUAGAUCGCUUGAACCUCCCGAACAUUCAGAGUUGUCUCCGUUUGUGCGCGGAGUCACGACAACGCGGCUCGACGUACUGAUUUUUGCCGUCAUAUGAAUCCUUCUGCUUUGCUAUCCUUUUUUUUUCAUUUCGGGUUGCGCAGCGCAAACGAAUGCAUUCAAGAUUGGUGUUUACCGCUGUCGCCCUCCUUCUCAGACUCGAAUAGAUACAUACACUUUUUUUUUCUCUUUCGUGGCUAAUUGGGCCAUCGCAUCCGCGCGGUGCUGCCGAGUUUUCCAUGUCAGCGGAUCAGCAGGCGUACCUCCGUGAUGUGCUGCGGCGCUAUCAACUCGACAAGUUCCAGACGGCUUUCGCGUCGAGCAUGACGGUGAGGGGGUUUCUGUCGCUGCGGCCGGAGGAGUUUCACAGCUACGGCGUGGUGGAGGCGAUGGACAUUCUCCGCCUGCGAGACGCGAUGGAGUUCCUGCGGAGCAACCCGAUGCCCUCCUCCCGCUCCGGCAGCGACGUCAUCGACGACGGCGUCGCGACACCGGAGGAGGACGAGGAUGAUGAGGAGAGAAACAACUCCGACGAGCGGCGGCGGCUGUACACCGCACGCGGCACCACGGUGUUGUCCCGCACCGUCGACAACACGGAGAUCAAACGCAAAAGCCGAAUUCUCGUUGCGGUGCGGAAGCGGCCGCUGAGCGCCGGCGAGCAGGCGAACGGCUUCACCGACAUCAUGGAGGUCGACAACGUGAGCGAGAUUGUGCUGAAGGAGCCGAAGGUGAAGGUUGACCUGCGCAAGUACACCCACGUCCACCGCUUCUUCUUCGAUGAGGUGUUUGACGAGACGUGCUCCAACGAGGAGGUGUACCACCGCACCGCGCACGCGUUGAUUGACACCGUGUUUGAUGGCGGCAGCGCAACGUGCUUUGCCUACGGCCAGACAGGCAGCGGCAAGACACACACCAUGCUGGGCAAAAGCCCGGAGCCGGGACUUUACGCCCUGGCCGCGCGAGACAUGUUUGAGCGCCUUCCGGAGGACACCCGCAUCGUCGUGUCGUUUUACGAGAUCUACAGCGGCAAGCUCUUCGACCUCCUCAACGGCCGCCGUCCGCUGCGGGCGCUGGAGGACGAGAAAGGAAAGGUUAACAUUCGCGGCCUCACCGAGCACGGCUCGAACUGCGUGGAUGAUCUGAUGAGCAUCAUCGAGCAGGGCAGCGGGGUACGCAGCUGCGGCUCUACCGGGGCCAACGACACGAGUUCGCGCUCGCACGCCAUUUUGGAGAUUAAGCUGAAGCACCGCAAGUCGUUGCGGCAGUGUGGCAAGUUUACCUUUAUCGACUUAGCAGGCAGCGAGCGGGGCGCCGACACGGUGGACUGCGCCCGACACACGCGGCUGGAAGGCGCGGAGAUCAACAAGUCGCUCCUGGCCCUGAAGGAGUGCAUUCGAUUCUUGGACCAAAACAGAAGGCACGUCCCGUUCCGCGGCUCGAAGUUGACGGAGGUGCUGCGGGACUCCUUCGUUGGCAACUGCCGCACCGUGAUGAUCGGCGCCGUCUCUCCGUCGAACAACAACGCGGAGCACACCCUCAACACGCUGCGCUACGCCGACCGUGUGAAGGAGCUGAAGAAGGUCGCCGGCGAGCGGCGCACUCUUUGGCUGCCGAGCGAGCCGGCCGACGACGUCGCUGCCGCGGCGGCUGCGGUGGCACCGACCGCCGCAGAAAAACCGCGUCCGCGUACCGCUGCGUCGCGACUCUCCACCGCACUUCCUUUCAACGCACCCCCGCGGAAGAGCACGUUGCUGCUCAGCAGCCGCGCCGUCAACACACUGGCCGCGCCUACCAAAAGCGGUUACGCCACACCGCAGUCGUCCUCGCGAGAGACGACGCCCGACACGGUGUGCAGCAAGCGGCCGCGGGAGGCGGACGGCAACGACGCCGACGGUGCGGAGGGGGCGGGGGCGGGGCGGGCUCCUCCAUCACGGCGUGCCAGCGGGCGACUCAGCUGUAAGCGCUUCGAGAGCGGCGCGGAGCUCGUGGCGGCGCAGCGUGGCCGCGCGCUGGACCACUACAACGCCUACUUGGAGUCGGACAUGAGCUGCAUUAAGGAGGAGUAUCAGGUGAAGUACGACGCGGAGCAGAUGAAUGCGAACACGAAGGACUUCGUGCAACGCGCACGCAGUUUGGUGGGUGAGAAGCGGCGGGCAAUGGAGUCGUUCCUGACGCAGCUGGAUGAGUUAGAGAAGAUUGCGCAGCAGGUCGCCAACAUCGCCUCCGUGCCGCAGUAG